AUGAGUGGUCCAAAUGGUAUGUUGUAUGGUGGUGAUGAGAUUGGCGCAUUAGUGUUUGAUCCUGGACAUCAUUCGCUGCGUGUUGGUUACGCUCAAGAGGAUACUCCAAAAGCUGAUAUUCCUGCUGUAAUUGGCGUUGGACCGGCUACUCACAUUCCCGACGCCGAACAAAAGGUGCCUGAUGGCAACGUUACACAGAGCGGCACAAAAACAGGCAAUGAACUCCGUCACUACAUAGAUGUCACAGAACUACAUGUGCCCCGACCUAAUAUGGAAGUACAGACAUACAUGAAAGAUGGACAAAUAGAAAACUGGGAUUUAUUUGAGAAGAUGCUGGAUUAUUGUUAUACUAAGGUUAUACGGUCCCCUUCAGAACAUCACCCAGCACUCUUCACAGAAGCAGUGUGGACAACUCGACCAGCAAGGGAGAAACUAGCAGAGCUAUUGUUUGAGAAGUACCAAGCUCCCGCCUUCUUUCUUGUCAAGAAUGCAGUACUAGCUGCUUUUGCAAACGGGAAGUCUACGGCCUUAGUUGUAGAUGCUGGAGCUAGUCAGACUUCUGCAGUGCCAGUUGUUGACGGUUAUGCACUAGUAAGUGCAGCCGUCAGGUCACCAGUGGGCGGGGACCAUUUGGCUGCUCAAGCUAAGAAUAUGCUGAACAGCAUGCAUAUACAAAUGUUGCCAGUUUACAGUAUACAGAGUAAGGAGGUAAUACGAGAAAGAGAGAGGGCCAGGUAUACAUUAAAAACCCUCCCCGCCGGCCUCACCCCCUCUUGGCAACAGUAUAUGCUCAAACGCCAGUAUGAAGACUUUUGUCAUUGUAUAGCACAGGUCUCUGAAACGGCAUACGACGAAAGAACAGCAGCGGUCGUUCCAGGUGUACACUACGAGUUCCCCGGUGGAUACCACCAGGACUUCGGUCCUGAACGCUUUAAGCUCACAGAGUGCUUAUUCGAACAAUCACUGGGUGCACCACAUUUAGUAUGCGCGGCCGCGUCAGCUUGUGAUGCAGACGCAAGACCCGCGCUCUGGGGCUCCGUAGUCGCUUGCGGGGGCGUAGCCGCUCUAGGUGGCUGGUUGGAGCGCCUCGCUAAAGAGUUGGCCUCACGAGCACCCUCCUCGCACAGGUUAAAGACGCAUGCAGCGCCAUCGCCCGCAGAACGGCGUUUUGCAGCUUGGAUUGGUGGUUCAAUAUUGGCGUCCAUCGGUUCCUUCCAACAGAUGUGGAUUUCCUCCCAGGAGUACGACGAAGGUGGCAAAGGACAGUUGGAAAGAAAAUGUCCCUAA